AUGACUUCCAUGACUUCUCUUAAGGCGACAAAGGCUUGUGAUAAUGAUUCUCGAAGACAAACCACAAUGUCCAUGACUUGGAAUAUACCCCAACAUAAAAAUAAUUUGCAGACAAAAAGCGACGAAGAAUCUGAAAUGAACUCUCUUCUUUCGGACAAAUCAAGUAGUGCUGAUAGCCCAAGAGAGUCCUCAAGUAUUGAAAGAGAAAUGGACGAAACGAGCAGAGAAAGAAGGAACGGUAGUAGUAACAGAACAUGUUCAAAGAAAAGUUCAAGUUCGAUGUCUACUACAGAAUUAUGGUUUAAAGAAUUUAAUCAAAAUACUAGAGAAUUGAAUAAUAUUGAUGACGAUAGCGAAACCCCUUAUUACGUAAAUUCUUACAAAUCUCAUCCUAAACCUGUGUUAAAUCAACAGUCAUCUAUAACAUCAAGACAUCAUCAACGUGCUGGACACUACGCCCAUGGACAUCGUAUGCCAUCAAGUCGUAACUUUUCAAAGUCGCCACAUCAUGGUAACUUUAAAAAACGUGACAGAUCUUCAGGCAGCGAUUCUUAUCGUUCAGUUAUCGACGAUUUAACUUUGAAAAAUCAAAAAUUGCGUCAAAAACUUCGAAAAAUGGAAGGUAGUCACGCAAAAACAUUACAUAAAGAAAAAUUAUUUGAAGUGCGAUACUAUCAAAUGCCCAGAGAGAAGCGACACGAAUUGGAAGAAUAUCUUAGACAAUUCGCCGCUCAGUUACCAACGCCCACGUCAAGUUCUACAAAUUUGACUCAAAGCCCAAUAAUCGAAAAUAAUUCCAAAACAGAACACUUAACUCCCGUUAAAGCAAAUGAUAAAUUAAAGAUGAAACAAGUCGUUAGAGCUAUUGAGAAUGUAUUUACCGUCCAACCAUCAACAGAUGAUCAUUAUCUAAAAGAUCAAGAAGAUGCAGAUCCCGAAGGAUACGUUUAUUUAAAUCUUUUGACGAAUAUGGCACAAUUACAUACAAUGAGCGUUACUUUGCCAUUCAUUAAACAAGCUAUUCGAAAAUUUUCAAAUUGUCUAGAAUUAAAUGAGGACGGUACAAAAGUUCGAUGGCGUACAGGGUUGGAACAUGUUAAACCUGAUACCAUAGAAAACAAAGAUGUUGAUAUAAUGGGAAGUAUUGGUGAUAAACAAAGUGAUUCUUCACCAUCGAUUCCGUCUGCUAAACCAAUCCAAAAUUUUUCUGACCCAAUGAGUAUUACGCCAUCCUCUUUAACUUCAUCUAACGGCUCAAAACCUAACAAUCAACAAACUGAAUCACCAUCUGUAACAUCUUCAAUAACCCAUUAUCGUCCCGUAUUUCUUCAUCGUAAUCUUAGUUCGUCCCCUUCUUCAGAUGAAUCUAGUAGCGUAAUCGAUCAACAUGAUGGUCCAGUUAUCUACUAUGAAGGCGGUUUAUUCUGUACCGACUUUAGUAGGAGCGUAAUGAUAGACGAUGAUGAUGAUAAACAAACAUCAUCACGUCCAAGUCAAUCAUUGGGGCUCGAUCGUUCAAUUGGAGACGUUGAUAAUAUUGACGUCAUUCAAGAGAGAUGGAAUGUUCCGGUUUAUGAAAGAGCAACGAAUUUGAUUUUAGGUGGAAGCAAUAUUGUAUUAAGUGAAACAAGUGAGGAAGAUAUCAGCAGCGGGCAAGAGGCAGAUGACGAAAGUCCGAUAAAAUCAUGUAAUCAUCGCAAUACGAGUGAACACCCGCAUAUGUUCGUUGAUGACCUAAACUCUAUGGAUGCUAACAAUGAAUUAAACAAUAUUCUAAUGAAAAAGGACAUUAACCUUGAUUCUAGACGAGUACAGUCAUCACCGGGAAAAAAUUAUGAUGAGAUCAAUGAUUGGAACAAUGAUGAUCCUAAAAUUUCAUCAUCACAAACUCCAUCACCAAGCAACGAUUUGAAACAAGAUUUACCAAAUUACAAAAAAUUACAUACUGCUAAAGUUCCUGGAGUUAUUACAGAAGAUAAUUUCAUGGUAUUAGUACAAACUUCACAUCCUACGAGAGGAACACGUCAUGGGCAUCGUCGUCAUAAAUCAAUUACAACUUCAUCUAAAAAGAUCUCUCACUCCAAAGAAUCUUCAAUUGAUGAUGAUACUUCAAUGAACGCGUCAAGCAGCGGUAGUAGUACAGAUAUCGAAGGGAAUAACGGAAAAUCAAAAUCACAUCAAGUACUCUCAACAAGAUUAUUUCAAUUACCUCCUUCUUCGAGUCCACGACCAAGGGUUUCACCGACACCGGGAUUUAGAACAUCAAAUUUACAAAAAACUUCUUCGGAUAGUGGUGGUGGAUCAUCCGAUCACGGGUCAUCAUCAUGUUCAGAAUCUUCCACAUCAGCUGCUACACAUGAUAAUUCAUAUUUAUUCAAAAACAAUACUUUACUUCAACUAUUACAAUCAAGCGACUCAAAAACCUCUCAAUAUGAUGAGAACUUGAGAUUACAAGAUGCCGUUAUUGAAGAACGUAGAAAGGUUGUUAAUCAUCCACAAGAACAGAAUGUUAAGGUCAAUGUUAAAUGA